AUGUCUCAACCCCGUCAAAACAGUCUCCUGUCCGGCAUACAAGCGGUCCGUCUAUUUUGGUCCGUUCACAACCAGCGACGUCGCUCCAGCCAGCUCAGCCAACUGGCGCGCAGUCAAAAUGGUUCAACGGACGAGGACGAGGACGAAUCCUCGGUGGCGGCGACCGGGGAGACAAAAAUCUGCCGGAUUUGUCGAUUGAGCGACGAAACGCUGGUGGAAAAUAUUUGCGACUGCAAGGGUUCGGUCGGGUACAUACACGAGCGCUGUCUUCGGCUGUGGACCGUCUACCAGCGCAGUCAGGUGUGCGAGAUUUGCCGGUGCAAGUUCCGCUGGGACUGGGAAGCACAGCUGUCGGUUAAACUAAGCAAUCCCAGCCUGGUGGCCAACUUUUUCCGACGACGAUACUUUUGGGUGCUGUUGAGGGACAUGCUCAACUUUAUGGUCUUAUUCGGAAUAUCGGUGCUGCAGAAUGCGAACAUACUGAGCAUGAUCCACGAGGAGACGGUGCACGGUUUUUCGCCAAUUCUUCCUCUGGCUGUUAUAUGUGCUUCCUGUUAUGAUCUUUAUUUCACUCGGUGGUUGAUAAACCGUGCCCUUAAGGCUUAUAAUUUGGUUCGAGAGUACUGGAUUAUGGCGCACGAUGACGAGUUUCUUGGGUACUUCAACGAGGAGUUUGCCGUGUUCGGGGAAAACCAGUCGGAGAUCGAGAGUAUGCUGCUCGCCGAGUACGAGUCGCCAGAUUGA